AGACACAUAUCUGGAUUCUUUUCGGCCGAUGAUGACGCGCCGCCUCUGCUUUCAGGCGGCGUUCCUUUUGACUGUGCUUGCGGCGGGCGAGGAGGUUGACCUUUCAUGCCUGUCCUUGGACAACAAGGGCUGCCCAUCGCUGGUGGACCCUUACCUCUGCCUGGCCAGCGCGGACGGGCGCAAUGAGACCAUCGCGGGGCGCAAGGUGCAGGGCCAGGCCUGCGUGUGGUGCAAUGGAGGGCUCUGCAAUGAAAAGGGCGCCAAGUGCGAGCCGUUCGAUCUGCAGAUGAACGGCGAGGGGUCUGCUUUCACCACCAGUUAUGUGAAGCAGCCGCUGGUGGCGCAGUGCCAGGAGGGUGUGGUGAAGGGCCACUUCGAGGUGGAGCAGCCAAAGCUGGACCCGCCCAAGAUGGACAACCUCGGCUGCUUGACCGUGAAGCCCGCUGGCUGCAUGGCCAUCAAAGACAAGCUGACCUGCUUAAGCAGCCUGGACGGCUCCGCCGCCGCCUCCUUCGGGGGCCUCGCCAUCCGUGGCCAGCCCUGCGUGUGGUGCGGCGGCCAGCCCUGCACUGAUGCGGGGGACUUCCCCUGCGCGCCCUACGAGUACCUGAGCAAGGGCGCUGGCAAGGCCUUCCCGCACCUCGCUGCCAUGAGCAUCACAGUGGCCGAGUGCCACGCCCAGGAGUUCGUUUUCACAGAGGAGGAUGUGGGCUGCCUGAAGUCCGCAGAGACUGGCUGCAACCAGAUCAAGGAUUUCGAGACCUGCACCAGCAGCAAGGAGGGCAGACCCUACGAGUACGUGGCCGGGUUCAAGGUGCGGGGCGAGCCCUGCGUUUGGUGCGGCGGUGGGCUGUGCCACGACGGGGCGCCCAACGUCUGUGAGCCCUACGACUACGCGCUGCACGGUGUAGGUAGCGCCUUCAACACCAAGUACAGCAGCGCCUCGCUAUUUUACAAGGCCUCCUGUGACCAGGACCAGAAGCCCAGGGCGGAGGGGCUGCCGCCGGACUGGCAGGUCCAUGGCAUCCGCAUGCAUGUCGACUGCGGCAAGCCCUGGCCGGUGUGGGACAAGGUCGGCGCGCGCUGCGGCUUUUGCAAGACCCUGGUGCCCAGCCUCAACGAGAAGUUCCACAGCUGUGCGGAGUACUGUGAGAAGCAAGGCGGCCUCCAAUGCAAAUCGGCGGCGCUGGGCUCCAUCAAUAGCUGCGACGUGAAAGAACAGAUCUCUUGCGACUAUGCAUUCCAGGUCUACCAGCACGGGAUCUGCGAAUGUGCGGCGCAGCAGAAGUUCGAGGACUUGAACUCGGCGUUCACCGCGGCCUUGCCGCCGCCGUCAGAGGCGGACCAGAAGUGCCUGAAAGAUGUGGAAGUUGGUUGCAGGCGCAUCAAGGACCAGCAGCAGUGCCUGAGCAGCCGAGACGCAGGUUGGGAGGAGUACUACCGGGGCAUCAAGGUGAGGGGCCAGCCCUGCGUGUGGUGCGGCGGCACGUCGUGCACCUCACGGGACCCCGACGCGCUGUGCGAAGCCUACGACUACCUGGCGAAGGGCCAGGGACUGGCCUUUGUGACGCGAUAUGCCACUCCGGAACUUGCCCGCGUGGCCUCCUGCAAGAAUGCGACAGCAGGGAAGGCGGGCGGGCCUUCGCCCCAGGCGGGUGUGCAAGCGAUGUACGGCCAGUGCGGCGGAACGGGCUGGAAGGGCUACACCAUCUGCGAGGUGGGCGCGGUCUGCAACGUGGUGAGUGCGGACUUCUCCCAGUGCGUGCCGGCCGCUACCGUGAAGGCUGGAGUGCGCGUCACUGCGCCGGAUCCCUUGCAGGAAACCCUGGGCGCGGCUGCCCCGCCCCUGUCUGGCUCGGGGCAGGUGAUUUCGGACACCGCCGCCAGCUGCUCCAGCCAUCCCAAGUGCGCCGGCCUGAAGUUGGCUGGGGACUGCUGCCCGAAUCCCGCCGGGGCGACCUUGGACUGCUGCUCCAACUAUCAGCCCUCCGACCUGAUCCUGGAGCCCACGAAAGCCACCCCGGCCACAGAGCUGGAAGCGGCGCCGCCGGCUGGCGCCGGCGCCGGCGCCGGCGCGGACUGGUGGAAGUCCCGGCCCUCGCAGGAGCAGUGCAUGUUGCCGGAGCCGCAGGGCUGUGGCUCCAUCCGCCACAAGCUCAUGUGCCUGAGCCGGGUGGAUGGGCGGUACGGGUACCAGCCCCACGGGAUCGCUGUGGGGGGCUCGCCCUGCGUGUGGUGCGGGGGCGGGCCCUGCACCUCCUACAGCGACGCGGUCUGCGAGCCCCAGAGCUGGCUGAAGCAGGGCCAGGGCAAGGCCUUCGCGACUUUAAACGCGGCAACGGGCUGGCUGGUCGCCAAGUGCCAAGAGGACCGCAAUGCGGUCUUCGACAACCUCGCGUGCCUGCGGCGUUCUGAGAAUGGCUGCAACAAGAUCCAGGAGAAGCACCAGUGCCUGAGCAGCACGGAUGCGCGGCCCUACGUGGAAGUGGCUGGCUUCAAGGCACGCGACCAGCCCUGCGUGUGGUGCGGCGGGGGGAUAUGCCACUCCAACAACGCCAACCUUUGCGAGCCCUACGACUUUGUCAUGAACGGCGCAGGCCAGGCGUUUAGCUACAACUUGGGGUAUAACACCUACAUGGUGGCCGAGUGUCAGGGCACGGAGGUGAUGCCGAUGAGCUACCCCCACGCGGAGCAGGAUGCCGGCCUGCCGACCCAGGUUCGCUGUACCGGUGCGACUUCCACCUGGAAUGGAGUGGGCAAGGUCUGCGGGGACUGCUCUGUGACGGUGCCCAACAUUUACGUGAGCUUCCGGAGCUGUGGUGAGUACUGCGCCGCGCAGGGCGGGCUGCGGUGCCUCAGCGCGAAGAAGGCCUUCACCCACAGCUGCGAAGUGCAGAGCCAGUAUAGCAUGACCUGCGACUCCACUUUUGAGCAGGGCGAGUUCGGGCGUUGCGAGUGCGGCAGCGGACAGGCUUCGGCGGAGAUGGUGACAAGGGCAGCCAGGCUGCCACAAAUGCCGUAUGCCCAGUGCGGGGGCCAGCAGUGGACGGGCCUCACGAAGUGCCAGUCGGGCAGCAGCUGCCUGGUGAUCAACAGCUGGUACAGCCAGUGCCUGCCGGGAGCGCAGUCCAACCCCGACCAGGCGGCGCAGGCCGCCAAGAACGCGGCGCAGGCGGCGGGCAUGGACCUGGAGGACCAGGCGAAGGCGGCUGGGGAGGCGGCCACCAAGGCGGCCGCCAGUGCGGGGCAGCAGGCGCAGGGCCAGGCGACUCGCGCCUAUGUGGCAGCCGCCGGCACCGCGGCCAUCUCGGGCCUGCCCACGCCCAAGGCCAGCGGCAUCGGAGAGCAGGCCGCGCAAGAUGCCGCGGCGCAGGCUGGCCUCUCUGGCGACGAGGCAGCCAAGACGACCGAGGAGGCAGUCAAGCAGGGCAAGGUCAUCGUCUUCGGCGAUGAGCAGACCUCGGAGGGCGCGGAGAUCGCCGGCACCGCGGCGGCCAACCACGCCAAGGACAUCGGCAAGACGGCGGAGGAGCAGUGCGUCAAGGCCUACGGGGCCGCGGCCACCUUUGCAGAGGUCUCGGGGAAGUCCCUGGAGCAGAAGGCGCAGCUGGCCGCCGGGGUGGCGGCGAGGGCCGCGCAGCGCGCCGGCCUGGCCGGCGAGGCCCAGGUGCGCUGCGUGGUGGCGGCGGCCCAGGAGAACUCCAAGGCGCACGGGGAGUUCGCGGACGUCACGGCCAACACCAUGCACCACGCGGGCGUCGCAGCAGCCACCGAGGCAGGCAUCGACCCCACGCAGGUGGACACCAUCGUUUCCGUGAGCAUCCAGGAGACCGAGCACAGCGGGGCCCAGAAGGUAACGAUCCCCCAGGAUGUGAUCGACAACUGCAUGGCGGCCGGCGAGGCGGCGGUGGAUGGCCCCAGCGCCGCGGCCAUGGUGGCCACCAUCGCGGGGAAGCUGCGGGGCAUGUCGGCGGCGGACACGGCGCGGGCCGCCAGGAAGUGCGUCUACGACGCAGCAAUCGCCAAGGGCAUGACGCCCGAGCAGGCCGCUGCGGCGGCAGAGGCGGCCGCCAGCACGGCCGCCAGCGCCGUGAUGCGGCCGGCCAACAACAGCCGGCUUCCCCCGCACCCGCUGGAGCGAGCCGGUGAAGACUGCUGGACUGCUUGCGGCAAGAAGUCUGGCCUUUGCGCCUUCUGCGGCAUCGGCAACGCCUGCUGCCGGAAGGACGAGCUCAACCCCACCAAGGAGUGCCGAGAUAUCCAAACCUUCCACACCUGGCACCACGAGUGCGUGCAGCCAGUGCACCAACAACAGGAUGUGAACGACGUGGGCCACUCCGUGAAGGAGGCGGUGGAGUAUGCGAAGGCCACGGGGGAGGCCGAGAAGGCGGUGGAGGAGACCCAGGCGGCGGGCGGCGGCGUGGAGAGCCAGGUGGAGGCGGCGGGGAAGGCGGCGGCGGAGAGCGUGAAGGAGGGUGGCCUGAACACCGCGGAUCAGGUCACCUCGGCCUACAAGUCCGCGGAGGACGCCGCGAAGAGCGCGGGGAUGUCGGCGCCCGAGGCGGACGCGGCGGCGGAGAAGGUGAGCCAAGAGGUGGCGGAGGCCGCCGGCAUGACGGAGCAGGAGGCUGCGGCCGCGGCCGCCGCCGCCGCUGCAGUGGUGCACGGCCGGCCUCUGGUAAAGCCGACCACGGCGCCACAGCUGCCUCCGCAGGUGGCGGAGGAGGUGCCUUUGAAGCCGCCGGUGGUGGAGCCCCCCGCAGUGCCAGAAGCGCCUGAGGCCGCCACGGGUGAGACGAUCUUGCCCAACCCUGUGCCGGAGUCCAUCAAGGAGGGCAUCGCUGCGGCCGAGACCAAGAAAGCGGAGAAUGCCCCGGUGCACGACCAGGCAGUGGCUGCCGCGGGCGCCACGGGAGCCUACGCUGUGGCCGACAAGGCCAGCCAGGACACUGCGAAGGACCAGGCAACGAAGGCAGCGGAGUAUGUGGCCCACAAGGAUGGCCUGCCCAUGGAUGAGGCCAAGAGCGAGGCCGAGAAGGCCGUCCAGGAGGCGAUCACCUCGCAGGGCGGCCACUUUGUUGAGCAGCCGAUUUUGCCGGACCCAGUGCCGGCGCCCAUCCAGGCGGGCAUCGAGGCGGCGCGGAUCGAGAAGGCACAGGACAAACCCCUGCACGACCAGGCCGUGGCUGCGGCAGGCACCACUGGGUCCCAGGCCGUCGCGGAAAAAGCCACCCAAGAAGCCGCGAAAGACCAGGCGACCAAGGCUGCAGAGUACGUUGCCCACCAGGAAGGGCUGCCCAUCGACGAGGCCAAGAGCGAGGCCGCGAAGGCGGUCCAGGAGGCGAUCGACUCGCAGGGCGGCCACUUUGUGGAGAAUCCCAUCCUUCCGGACCCGGUGCCGGAGUCCAUCAAGGCGGGCAUCGCAGCGGCGGAGGCCGAGAAAGCGCAGGCCAAGCCUAUGCACGACCAGGCGGUGGCCGCUGCGGGCGCCACCGGGUCCUAUGCCGUCGCAGACAAAGCCAGCCAGGAUAUCGCGAAAGACCAGGCGGCCCAGGCCGCGGAGUACAUCGCCCACAAGGAUGGGUUGCCCCUCAACGAGGCGAAGAGCGAGGCUGUGAAGGCAGUCCAGGAGGCGAUCGCCGCACAGGGCGGCCAAUUUGUGGAGAAUCCCAUUCUGCCGCACCCGGUGCCAGAGCCCAUUGAGGCGGGCAUCGCUGCGGCAAAUGCCGCGAAGGCGGAAGCCAAGCCCACGCACGACCAGGCGGUGGCGGCGGCAGGGGCCACGGGGUCCUCUGCCGUCGCAGACAAAGCCACCCAGGAAGUCGCGAAGGACGAGGCGACCGAGGCCGCGGAGUACAUUUCCCACCAGGAUGGCUUGCCCAUCCACGAGGCCAAGACCGAGGCAACGAAGGCGGUCCAGGAGGCGAUCGAUGAGCAGGGCGGCCGCUUCGUUGUAGACCACGUUGACAUCCUGCCGGACCCGGUGCCUGAGUCCAUCAAGGCGGGCAUCGCAGCGGCGGAGGCCGAGAAAGCGCAGGCCAAGCCUAUGCACGACCAGGCGGUGGCCGCUGCGGGCGCCACCGGGUCCUAUGCUGUGGGAGACCAAGCCACCCAGGAAAUCGCGAGAGACCAGGCGACCAAGGCCGCAGAGUACAUCGCCCACAAGGAGGGCCUGCCCAUCAAGGAGGCCGAAGAUGAGGCGGCAAAGGCGGUCCAGGAGGCGAUCAAUGCGCAGGGCGGCCACUUUGUGGAGAAUCCCAUUCUGCCGGACCCGGUGCCGGAGUCCAUCAAGGCGGGCAUUGCAGCGGCGGAGGCCGAGAAAGCGCAGGCCAAGCCUAUGCAUGACCAGGCGGUGGCUGCUGCGGGCGCUACCGGGUCCUACGCCGUCGCAGACAAAGCCACCCAGGAAGUUGCGAAAGACCAGGCGACCAAGGCCGCGGAGUAUAUCGCCCACAAUGAGGGGCUGCCCAUCAAUGAGGCCAAGAGCGAGGCCGUGAAGGCAGUCCAGGAGGCGAUCAAUGCGCAGGGCGGCCAGUUUGUGGAGAAGCCCAUUCUGCCGGACCCGGUGCCAAAGUCCAUCGAGGCGGGCAUCGCUGCGGCAGAGGCUGCGAAAGCGGAAGCCAAGCCCACGCACGACCAGGCGGUAGCGGCGGCAGGUGCCACGGGGACCUUUGCCAUCAAAGACGCAGCCACCCAAGAAGUUGCGCAAGACCAGGCGACCAAGGCAGCGGAGUACGUUGCGCACAAGGAUGGCCUGCCCAUCCACGAGGCCAAGAGCGAGGCUGCGGCGGCGGUCCAGGAGGCGAUGGACACGCAGGGCGGCCGCUUCGUGGCUCACCACAUUGACAUCCUGCCGGAUCCGGUGCCCGAGUCUAUCAAGGCCGGCAUUGAGGCGGCAAAGGCGGAGGAGGCGCAGGAGAAGCCCUUGCACGCCCAGGCGGUGGCCGCGGCGGGCGCCACUGGGUCCUAUGCCAUCGCUGACAAGGCCACCCAGGAAGUUGCGAAAGACCAAGCGACCAAGGCCGCAGAAUACAUCGCCUACCAGGAUGGCUUGCCCAUCCACGAGGCCAAAGCGGAGGCCGCCGCAGCGGUCCAGGAGGCGAUCACCGCGCAGGGCGGCCACUUUGUGGAGCCGCAGAUCUUGCCGGAUCCAAUACCUGAGGCCAUGAAGGAGGGAAUCGCCGCGGCUGAGACCAAGAAAGCACAGAGCGCGCCCAUGCACGACCAGGCAGUGGCGGCAGCUGGCGCCACGGGCGCCAAGGCGGUGCAAGAAGAAGACACGGAGACGGCCCAGAGGGAUGCCACGAAGGUGGCGGAGUAUGUGAUCCACAACGAGGGCGUUGCCAUUACCAAGGCCAGGGAGGAGGCAGUGAAGGCGAUGCAGGAGGCUGAGUCCGCGGGGUUCUUCGCACACCAGCGGGUGAGGAACACGGGCCAGGACUGCUGGGAGCAGUGUGGCCGACCGGGCUACUGCACCUUCUGCGGCCGCGGCGCAUGCUGCAAGGCCGCCAGCGCGGCGGCGGGAGAGGGGCCCUCGGAGUGCCAGGGGGUGCGGGCCUAUGCCACCACCGGCUACGAGUGCGUGUCGCCCACGGACGUGUUCGGGCCUGUGAAGUCGAAGGAGGAGGCCUCCACAAACGACGGCGCCUUCGUCAUCAGCGGCUCCGACACCAGCACGGAGGCUGAGAAGGGCGGGCGCUCGGUGGGGAGCUGGCUGCUGAUCUUGGGGUUCCUGGUGUCCCUUUGCAUCUGCUGCGUCGCAGGCGUGUGCUUGGUGCGGGGCAAGGAGGUGGCGAAGCCUGAGGAGAUUGUGCCGAAGAGGGUCACGCGCGCGCCCACCGGCGGCGUGGCAAAGCCCCUGAUGGGCAAUCGCGAGGGGCAGGACUUGGAGCUCCAGGCGCCCCUGCGGUCCGGGGGAGCGCUGGGCAAUGCCCCGGUGGCGAGCUACGGGCAGGCACCCUGGUCGUCUCGCUCCAUCCCCCAGCCAGCCAAUGGCUCCAUCUCCCCAUCUGCGUAUCGCGCAGCGGCUUCACAAGGCUACGUGCCUGCCCCUACACAGGAGGACCAGGGCCCGCUGGCCUCGAGCUCCCGCGGACCCGUGGCUAUGGCAUCAGUGCCCAUGGCAUCCAUGGCAUCAGUGCCCAUGGCAUCCAUGGCCUCGGUGCCAAUGGCAUCACAGCCUCAGAUUCCGGCCAUGCCGGCACAGGCCUCAGCCUUGGGGCCGAUGGCAGCGGGAGCGGCGAUGGCUCCGCUGCCAGCCCAGGCAGGCGCGUUGCUGCCUUGGUCCGGCUUUGAGGGCCUCGCUGCCCAGUUCGACCGCAUCGACCAAAACCACGACGGGCGGUUGAACCAUGCAGAGUGGGACGGCAACAUGCAGGCGGCUGUGCCGGCACCUGCGUCACAGGGCCCAAGCCCGAGCGUCGUGUGCGCCAACUGCGGGAACCGCUACGCCCCGGACGCCGCCUUCUGCCGCAAGUGCGGGGUGCAGCGGCCGAUGUUGGUCGAGCCCGUAUCACGCUGA